AUGAGUGACCUUGGGUUGAUGCACUACUUAUUGGGCAUUGAGAUAAACCAAGAAGAAGAUGGAAUCUUCAUGUACAUUGAGAAUCUAUUGAAAAAGUUCAAGAUGUACGGGUGCAAGACUAUGGCUACUCCACUUAUCACCAAUGAGAAAUUAAGAAAGGAAGAUGGAUCAAGUAAAGCAGAUGAAUCAGUUUACAAAAGUCUCAUUGGGAGCUUACUAUACUUGACAACAAUAAGACUCGACAUCAUGUACGCGAUAAGCUUACUAUCAAGAUUUAUGCAAAAUCCAAGCCAGAUACAUUGUGGAGCAACAAAGAGGAUAUUAAGAUACUUGCAAGGCAUAAUUGACUAUGGCAUAUGGUAUAAGCCUACUACAGAUUCAAGACUAUUUGGCUACACAAAAAGUGAUUGGGCUGGAUCAGUGGAUGAAAUGAAAAGCACAUCAGGUUAUGCAUUUACAAUUGGAUAUGGUAUAUUUUCAUGGUCAUCAAGAAAACAAGAUACCGUGGCAUAA